UGAUUAAACCGGUUCCACUUUUUACGUUUGAUUUCGUUCGCUCGUGUUUCUGUUUUCGAUAAUUCGUGAUUCACAGUCGUUUUGUUGGUAGGAUGAACGAUGGAUGUUACUUUGUGGACGAAAAGUUCAUUUUUAAGAAUAUUUGGAAUAUUGCUCUGUUUGAAUUGUGCUGUUGCAGCUGAUUGUGGACGACGGAAGAUAAAGUUACAGCAACUAGUAACUCAUGGCUACUCCACUUAUCCCGGUGAAUUCCCGUGGCAUUCGGCAAUCUUCAUGGUUGCUGGUUUCAAAAAGUCCUACAUUUGCGGUGGAACAUUGGUCAACGAACUGAGUAUCGUUACGGCAGCCCAUUGUGUGACCGAUUCCGCCACCGCACUGGUUCUAUCUCCAGCCCUGCUUUAUGUGCAAUUAGGAAAAUUCAAGCUAAAUUUGUUUUCCGAUACGGUACAGGAACACGCAGUGCAACAAGUGAUUAUUCAUAGUGAUUUUCAGCAGGCGACAAGCAAAUAUGACCUUGCGGUAUUGAAAUUGGCUACGCAGGCAAAGUUUACCGAUUAUGUCCAGCCGAUAUGCUUGUUUCCUCAACCGGUGGUGAAUUAUAACGACGGAACCGGCCGCGGAGUGUCGGUUGGGUGGGGAUAUACCGAGUUCGAUGCCCUGUCGGAUGACCUACGCGGGACCACCUUGCCACUGGUCGGUUAUACCAAGUGUUUGGAAAGCAAUCCCGAUUUGUUCGAUCGAACGUUGUACGAUGGAAUGUUUUGUGCUGGACACAGAAAUGGAACCAACGUCUGCAACGGUGACAGUGGCGGAGGAAUGUACAUCAACCAGAAUAACGUGUGGUAUCUGAUCGGAGUGGUGUCGUUCACGGCCGCUCGGGAAGAGAAUUCCAAUCUAUGCAGCACCAAAGAUUACACGGGCUUUACGAAAAUCUCCGCCUUCGAGGAUUUCAUCGUUAAUAACUGUGGACUGCAAGUACAUGCGCCACCGACAACUGGAACUACGAAACAACCGUCCAGUGGAGUUGCCAAGAAGAAGCAUUUCUACGCUUCAAACUUCCCGUUAGAUUCGAAAGUCAACUGGUUUCAGGCUGGAGAUCAUUGUAGGUCCCUGGGACAGCAUUUGGCGGAGAUCAAAUCCGAACAAGAAAACAUCAAGCUAAAGGAAGUGAUUGCCAAAGCAGGUACGGAAACUGAUGCCAAUGGAAACACUCAUUUGAAGCAAUUCUGGAUUGGAGCCAACGAUCUGGGGGUCAACGGAGUCUACAAAUGGCAAUUUAGUGGUAAACCUAUAAGUUUUACCAAUUGGAGAAAUGGUGAACCCAACAAUAAGAAUAACAACGAACAUUGUGUAACAGUUAUGGGUAACAAGCAGGCCCAUUGGGUAGAUGUCAACUGCAAGGGAAAAAGACAAGUCCUCUGUGAGGUGUGGAAGUAAUGAAAGUUAAGCAAACUGCCUGGUGGUAACUUUUAUCUUAGUUCUUCAAUUUUAUUACACUCUGGCCGGCAACACAACGGAAAUAUUCUAAGCACGAGAAAGCCACGGUUGAGAAUUUUAUUCGUGUCAAGAAUGGUAUCGCAAACGAAAACAAUAGACUAAAUGAUUGUACUUUUUCCCAAAAAAUGUGUUUUCAUUCCGUCUUAUCGAUCAUUAGA